CUCACGAUGCAUUUCCUCUAACCGAUAGCAUAACCAAGAGUAUGCUGCGAGUGCAGGGUAUCCAUGGAUGUGUAUGUCUGGAUAUUUUUUGAAUGAUAGUUUGAUCCCAAAUGUUUUACGACUGUGGUAACUACCUUGAUUAUUCGAGAAGUUGUCCCAUUUAGCCCACUCGUUACUGUGACCCCGCAGCGAAGCAAAAGAUGCUCUCCAUUCUGCGCAAAGCGAGGCUCAAGGACAAGGAGUUGCGCAUCUUGAUGCUCGGCCUCGACAAUGCGGGAAAAACAACGAUUGUCAAAAAGAUAAUGGGCGAGGAUGUCAACACGGUCAGCCCUACCCUCGGCUUCAUCAUCAAGACGAUUGAUUACGACGGGUAUAAGCUCAACAUCUGGGACGUCGGCGGUCAAAAGACACUCCGCUCAUACUGGCGCAAUUACUUUGAGAAGACGGAUGCCCUAAUUUGGGUUGUCGAUGCUACCGACAGGUUGCGCAUUGAGGACUGCAGAGAGGAGUUGCACGGCCUGCUUCAGGAGGAGCGUCUUUCAGGGGCAAGUCUGCUCGUGUUUGCCAACAAGACCGACGUCACGGGGUGCAUGAGUGGCGACGAGUUGUUGAAAGCUUUACGGCUCGACGAAAUCCGGACGCAUAAAUGGAACAUUCUCCGGUGCAGUGCCAUGACCGGCGAGAACCUCAAGGAAGGGUUGGCCUGGGUUGUUGAGGAUGCCAAGGCCCGUCUCUUUCUAUACUGAUAGACUUCACGGGUAUCCUCGCCUCAUCUUUUCCUCUCUCGGCAUCAGAAAAGUUGGCAAUAUCCGGCCCCCUGCAAAUAAUUUCGGAUACUCCCAGUUCCCCCUUUGUUACUGGGGCAAUCAAUGUAAACAAACGGUGAAGUGGGUCUGGAGAGGUUUGUGGCAAAGCAAAUCCAACAAAUCCAACAUUUUGUCAGUUGGGAGCGAGGAUGGGUUGGGAAGGUUCCAUUGCUUACGUGCGAGAACAGAUCCCGCCCAGAGUGACACAGAUUCUGGUCCAGAAAUAUCCUGAAACAUUGGGUAGAUUGUCUGAUGUUGCAGUGCUUUGAACAAUGCCGGUGCGAGGGAGGGCACUUGGCCAGAGCGUCGGGAGAGCAACGCAGGGCUCUCCUGCGAGACAGGACCCAGCCCAGCCUAUCAGCGGGCGUCGUUGGGGCUGAGCACUGGAGCCAACGCCAAGCCCCCAGUCCCGUCCC